GCCUACCUGGUUAAAUAUAAAUGUACAAUGACGUCGGGCCAAUUGUGCGCUGCAAAAUACCUCUUUCGUCUUCGCCGCACACUUCUGGUAAUAGCCCCCUAACCUACAUUAGGCGCACCGGGACUGGUCGACAACGUGCCUGUCCAUAUGCGCGCGUUAGGCUAAAUACCGUCCGUUUUAUUUAUUUGACAUAUUCUAUCAACUUACGUUCUCGGACAAAUCAAAGGUGUUUAUAAUAAAAUAAUUAUAGUGAUCGCUUGAGAUUUGUAAAUUGAAAGUCUAAAAAACUGACAUGUUCUAGCACGUGCAUGAAUAGGUAGGUAUACACUGAAGGCUUCCUUUUAUUAGAGGAUAGGCAGGUACAAUUGGAUAACAGGGUGUAUAUAACCUGCCGUCGUCCUUGGCUUGCUGCUGGACUGAUCAUCACACUGGAGGCUACGGAAUGUCAAAAAUAAUGACAUUAGGAUGUCCUCUCAUUGAAAACUAGGCAUAGCCAAUAUAUUAUCUGCCAUGAAAUUCACACUACAGUAUAGGUUCUUCCUCUAUUGAAAGGUGUGGCCAUGAAUCAUUGGGAGGCAACAAACAUAAUUGCACCAGUAGGAAACAGUUCUUUUCCAACUGUGCGCCCAAAGCAGUAGACUGGGAUACAGAGGUCACAAGCAGAGAAGCAGCGACACCUUUAGCUUACUGGAGACGUUUAACUCGGAAUAGAUCGUACGGUGGAAUUUAUAUCAAAAGGAUUUACGCCUCGUUCUGAGUGUAUUUUCGCGAACUCAAAAGAAAAACAGCGAUGAAUAUUUAUCUCAGAUUUGCAAUUUUUAUCGUUUAUGGAUCAGUGUCUUUCAGGAUAUCAAGUGGUACCUCUGCCAAUACCAUUGACAGGCACGGGGAUAAGUCUCCUGUCCAAUUAGCUGUGGUCAGUCUCCUCCACAAUGAUAAGGAAAUAAGAGACAACCAGCUAGAAUAUGACGAGGAGGAAUACUAUUAUGAACAUGGUGAUGAGGACUAUCUGUCUGGGGAUUAUGAAAUGGAGUUUCCAAAAGUGGCAUUUUCCACCAAGCCGAAAGAUCUGCCCAUGGCUCCUUACACAGUCAGGACAAGGGAGGGAAAGAGAAAAGGAAAGGGUAAGAAGAGGAACCCCUGUCUGAGGAAGUAUAAAGACUACUGCAUUCAUGGGGUCUGCCAAUACCUGAGAGAACUACGAGAGCCAUCCUGCAUAUGUUUGCUUGGAUACUCUGGUGAGCGGUGUCACCUUUUCACCCUGCCAGUCACAAAGGAAGCAGAAGGCUACAACAGGACAAUAGCACUGGCUGUGGUGGCAGUGGUUGUGUCCUUUCUGUGUCUGACAGUCAUCGCCAUAUUAAUGGCCAUCAGGUAUCAUAAGCAAGGUCAAUACAACCUUGAAAAUGAGGAGAAGGUCAAGCUUGAGGCGGUCGCAUAUCCUUGAGAAUUUAGUGACAGACUAGGAGGAUGACAAUUCUACCUCAGUUCAUUUUAAGAUAAAGUUCAUCCCCAAGAGGAACCUGUGGCGAUGUAGGGGGAGAUGGAUUAUGUUUACCACGUAGGACACCUGCCCGGCAUGGUCUGACAGACCUCCUGAAAGACAGUCCGGAUAGCAAACCAUGAUUAUAUGCGUGGGCCAUUUCCCAAUUGGAACAGAAAUCUCCAUUAACUAAUUGGGGCACACUAACUUGACUGAAGUCAUUUUACAUGACACGGAGGAAUUAAAACAGACCGAGGAGAGAAUUUAGGGAAUUUAGAUUGUUGUCAGUUGGUGUCACUACCAACGUGACGCUCAUCCCUCAAGCUAUCUGACGUACAGUAUGACAAUAGGGAAUUUAUUGUGGGCUCUCAGCUGUGUGGAGUUUUCCUUCUCCAUCUGAAAUGUUUCAUUAUUUGUAGAAAAGGGUGCCUAUGUUCCAUUUGGUCUUUGUAUGUGGUUUUUACCAGAAUUUUCAUUGUAGUAUUGGUGUAUUGUAUCAAUCAGUCCUUUAAAUAAUGUAUUUAUUUAAUACUUAAGCGGUACUUAUUCAGAUUUGUACUUGCUUUUUUUAUGUUCAGAGUGCACUGGCUGUUUGUUUGUAAGCUUCUGUAUUCUGUCAAAUUUAUGUUAAUAUGUAUUUAUAGUGUAAAACAACAUGCUGCUCAUGUUUUGAUCUAACAUUUUUGGUUAUACCAAAAUAAUAAACCUAAAAAAAAAAUAACAGAAAUGCAGAAGAAAUUCUGAAGGUGAAAGAGCAUUCAUUAUGUACUUCCUUCUAUUUCACUGAUUGAUAGAGUGAGGAUUGUACCAUCAAUGAUGCUAGAAAUGAAACCAAAAAAAAAAUAGAGGAAUAAGGACACACACACACACACACACACACACACACACACACACACACACACACACACACACACACACACACACACACACACACACACACAGAGAGGAAGUGAAAGGGAAUGAGGGUUCAAAAGAAAUCAAGUUUGAUGUAAACUACAAUUUGAUGAAACAUCAACUUGAGAAAUGUUUUCAGAAUGAAAAUGGCACAAAAUAAAACCGCUUUUCACAGUCAAAUUUA